AUGACCGUUACAUAUUCGUUGGAUGUCGCUUCGUCGACGUUUUGUGGAUUUCAUCGCCUUUUAUUUCGAUGGAAGGGAUCAAUUUGGAAGUCAAUAUGGCCGGAAUUAUUAAUCUGGCUGUUGGCUUACUUCCUGAUUAGCUUCUCUUAUCGCUUUGCGAUGUCAAAAGAGCAACAGCAGUAAGUAAAUAAUGUAAAUCACCAAGUUAAAGGGUGUUUGAAGAGCUCUCCACAUUCUUCAACACCUACAGUGAAUACAUUCCCAUCACAUUUCUACUCGGCUUUUAUGUUUCCUGUGUAUUUAAUAGAUGGGCUGAAGUCUUCAACAAUCUCGGAUGGAUAGAUUCGUAAGUAAUUGUAUUGAAAUUAACCCCUAAUUUAGUCCAUCAUUACUAAUCCAAACUUAUGUAAAAGGAACAGAUGAAAUGGCCCGACGAACUCGUAGAAACUUGGUUAGAUAUCUAGUUUUAACUCAAGCCAUGGUAUUCAGAGAUGUCUCAACUUGCGUUAAGAAAAGAUUUCCGACCAUGGAUCAUUUGGUGACGGCCGGGAUAAUGACAGAAAAUGAAUUGAGGGAAUUCGAUUCGAUUAAGUCACCGCAUAUAAAAUACUGGUAAGUAAUCUUCAUUUCAAUACAUGGCACUGUUAGUUAUUUUAUAUUGUUGUAAAAUAAUUUUAUUGUAAAAUAAAAAUUUUCAAAGGCUUCCAAUGCAGUGGGCGUUUUCGUUGGUCCGAAAGGCCAGGGAUGUCAAAAUGAUAGAAAGCGACUACAUCUACGUUGAUCUUCUUGAGGUAAUGUCCUUUAUUCGCAAAUAAAAUCACCAUUUCAGAAAUUCAGGCAGUAUCGUAUCCAAGUUCUCCAAUUAACCCUAUAUGACUGGGUCCCGAUCCCUUUGGUAAGUUAUGACAAUACAGGGUGGCCCAAAAAAAUGGAAACUCAUAUUUAAAGCUAUAUUUCGGUUCACUCCCUAAAUUUUGCCAAAGUAAUCAUCGAUAUCAUUACCAUGCAACAUUGUUAAUAACAUGUUCGGCCAGUUGCGAAAUAUCUGCCGUUCGCGGCAAUAUAGAGCGCCAAACGUGACUGAAAAUUUUGGGCGAUACGCCGCAGCUUUUUUUCGAGAAAUCGGUCGCGUUCUUGGCGCAGCGAUUAUAUAGCGGUCCCAAACUUUUCUGGCAUAUAGUACAGGCGUUCGCCUCUAACUGGAAAAAAAAUUUGGUUUAUACGAUCCAGAUCCGGCGAGUAGGCGGCAAUUUUGCAGACGUAGCAAAAUCAGCCGAUUUUUGUCCCCGUGCACUUUUUGCUUUCUCGGCCGGGGUUGAAUCCUGCGAGAACGUUAAAUUUUCAUCCACACAUUGCUACUAAGCCCACGGAAGCACCACUACCUCCAGAAUACCGAUAGUAGACGUUUCGGUUGAGUUUGACAUCUUUAACCACGAAAACCGGGGAUAUCUUGCCUCUGGCGCAAAAUUUUGCCCCAGGCCAUGACGGAAGAGGUUUUGACAGGGUUCAAAGAUGUUGGAUGCUUGAUGACGCUCAACAGCCUAAUUACUGCCAUUCUGGCGUUUGUGCACCUUCUCAAUGUUGAGCUAUGUUUCAUCCAUGAAGAGGAUCUCCUCUGAUUCCCGAAGCAGCGGCGUGGCGCCUGAUGUUUUGACCUCUUUUGAGCCGUACUAACUUGUGGUCUUCCGUAGGGCGGUGAACUUUUUGGAGCCUGUAAGGCUUGAGCUGCUGUACAUUUUUGGCCAUUUGGCAGAUAGUUGUUCUGUUGAUUACGGUCUCUCCGGCAAUCUUUUUCAUGGACACCAUCAGAUUUCGCUUCACUCGCUUUUUGAUGAUCUCAAGGUUGGCAGAAGCUUUCAAGGUGCACUUUUUUCGACUUCCCGAACGCGUACCAUUGCGGACUAUUACGUUGAGUUGUUUGGUGGCUUUUGGCAUAACAGUUUUUGCUCCACCGAGUAAUUUAUCAACCUCACACGGUCCUUUUUCUUGCCGAAACAGGUUGGAAAUCGAGGUCCCUUUGUUUGACAUUCAUAAAAAACAUGUUAACCAAGCGAUAUGGGCAUGAAAAUAAAACACCUAGGGCUAAAAAAUACGGAGAAUUUAACAGUGAAAAAAUUAUUUGGCUGCACCUCAAGGUUUUCGCGGCAGGACCCAUGGAAAAAAGUUUCCAUUUUUUUGGGCCACCCUGUAAUUCAGUUAUUCUUUAGGUCUACACUCAAGUAGUUCACAUCGCUGUAAGGGCCUAUUUCUUGAUCGCAUUAAUGGGAAGACAAUAUUUACUCAAUAAAGAUGCGGUAAAUAUAAGCUACAGUAAUAUAGUUUAAAUACAGAUCGAUCUAUUUGUUCCCGUAAUGACAAUCUUCCAAUUUUUGUUUUUUAUCGGAUGGAUGAAAGUGGCUGAAGUAUUGCUUAAUCCUUUGGGUAAGACUAAUGUAAAAUGAGAAACUCAAAUUCUUUAUAAUAGGGGAGGACGACGAUGACUUUGAAACUAAUUGGGUAAGUCUUUGCGUAAUUUGGACCGAGCUAUCUUCAUAACCUGGGAACUUUUCCGUAAUCGCAUAUUUCUUUAGGUAUUGGAUCGUAAUCUCCAAGUCGGUCUUUCGAUAGUCGAUGAUGGCUAUGGAAAAGUCCCAGCCCUUGAAAGAGACGUCUUCUGGGAAGAUAUGGUCCCUCAACCAUUAUACACUGCCGAGAGCGCCCAACGCCCUCACAAUCCGAUGAUAGGAUCCUGCAAUGAUCUUAUCAGUGUUACAGAAGACGCCCUUCUAGUGAAGCCAAGAAGAAGAUUAAUGUCUACAGUAGCUAUGACACCUGAUCCCAGGGAAAAAGAGAGUCAUGGAGAUGUUGAUGAAGAUGGACAACUAAUUGUCCCUGUUAGACAGAAUAAUCCUCUAAGGCGAAGUUUACGGUAAGAGCAGGAUACAGUAAGAUAACGGCAAAACAGGUUUUCUGACAGUGGAUCCAAGGCCGAGACUACUACCAAGAAGGUUCUGGGUUCAAUAAAAAGAAAGUUUACGAAGAAAGUGUCUCCAAGCAGCAAAAGAAGUAUGAGCCAUUUCAUGUAAAUGUUUGUAUAAUUUCCUGGGAAGAUCGAAUGCAACAUAAAAAAGUUUAGAACUUAUAUCUUCAGGAAGUUCGGCCACUUUAUCCAACUUUGGUGAUUGGUAUGAAAGAGGGCCCGUUCCUCGCUUCGCCAUCUCCAAACCAGAGGGAUAUCAGAACAGAAAUGGAAGUUUAGUCCCUCCAUUCCACAACACCCACAACGGAAAUAUCUCCAGGUGGGUUCCCAACAAGCUGUAACCUUCGUGGCAGACAAUCCUCGUGUUCGUCCAUUGUCUAUGACGGUCUUCACUCUCCAUUCUCGCAAUCUUUAUCCCAAAACAAUUUUAAUCAAGUAGUGCAACGAAUGUCUGAAUCCAGUGAGACUACGGGAUCAGACAAUAAAAAGGAGGAAGAGGUGGAUCAGCAACAAGAUCGACAAAGUGGAGCCUGGACCGUGAACGAAAUGCUACCGGUGAUCCAUGAAGAACGAGAAAAAGGCAGGAAUUCUUCAAACUCAGCCGACAGCAUCUGCUCCGACUCCAAUCAGAACACAUUACGCAAUGAUUCCGGUAAGUUAGAUAAAUGGUUAUUAUCGUAUUUGCAGAACUGAGAUCAGGGUUGCCUGUGCUCGAACCAAUCGAUGAAGAAAGUCGAUCAGUGGGACCAAGUUCGUUGGACUCUCCCAACAUGCUGACCUUGGACUCUAGAUUCAGCAAAUCACUUCCAAAACGUCCAGUAGACAAUGAAGAAAACCCCGAAAAGCAGGCAGACAGGUGUGAGACAGACACAAGAACAGCAAAAGAGAACGAUCCCAGUCUGGAAGUUGAUGAUAAUGAAGCAAACGCCCCUGAAAAAUAUGCACCUAAGGAUUCCGCAGAUUUGGAAACAAAUGAAAAAAGAAGGGAAGAUUAA